GAGGGGCUUGUGGGUAGCGGCGGCGCGCGGCUGGAGACGGGCCGCCGCGCUGGAGUGCGUGUGAGGGCGGCGGGCUUGUGAGACUGCGAGGUGGCCGGCGGCGACUAUGGGAGCGGGCCGGCGGCGGCCGUAGUUGCCCGAGCCUGGGCUUCAGCAUCCCGGGGCCCCAGAGGGUGGGCCGGGCCGCGGCGGUGGCGGCACCACUUCCCCGCUCCCGCCCGCGGAGUCCUGCGGGAGCUCGCCGCGGACCAGCGGAGCCGGCGGCGCGAAUCUGACUGAGGGGCGGGGACGCCGUCUGCUCCUCGCCGCUCCCGGCCGGGCCUGUCCGGGCCCCUUGGAGCAGCCCCCGCGCCCCGCGCCCCACACUGGCGCGGAGCCCCGAAGCCGGAGCUCGAGGCGGCUGGUGGGCCCGGGCGGAGCCCCUCCUGGAGCCGGGGGUUCGGGGGCGGCGCUAGGCCCCUAGGCGGCCGGACCAGAGCGCGAGGAGCCAGAGUGAGGGCCCGGCGGUGGCGGCAUGAGCCGGCCCCCGCCGACUGGGAAAAUGCCCGGCGCCCCCGAGGCCGUGCCGGGGGACGCGGCGGGAGCGAGCCGCCAGAGGAAGCUGGAGUCGCUGAUCCGAGAUCCUCGCUCCCCCAUCAACGUGGAGAGCUUGCUGGAUGGCUUAAAUUCCUUGGUCCUUGAUUUGGAUUUUCCUGCUUUGAGGAAAAACAAGAAUAUAGAUAAUUUCUUAAAUAGAUAUGAGAAAAUUGUGAAAAAAAUCAGAGGUCUACAGAUGAAGGCAGAAGACUAUGAUGUAGUAAAAGUUAUUGGAAGAGGUGCUUUUGGUGAAGUCCAGUUGGUUCGUCAUAAGGCAUCACAGAAGGUUUAUGCUAUGAAGCUUCUUAGUAAGUUUGAAAUGAUAAAAAGAUCAGAUUCUGCUUUUUUCUGGGAAGAAAGAGAUAUUAUGGCCUUUGCCAACAGUCCCUGGGUGGUUCAGCUCUUUUAUGCCUUUCAAGAUGAUAGGUAUCUGUACAUGGUAAUGGAAUACAUGCCUGGUGGAGACCUUGUAAACCUUAUGAGUAAUUAUGAUGUGCCUGAAAAAUGGGCCAAAUUUUAUACAGCUGAAGUUGUUCUUGCUCUGGAUGCAAUACACUCCAUGGGUUUAAUACACAGAGAUGUGAAGCCUGACAACAUGCUUUUGGAUAAACAUGGACAUCUAAAAUUAGCAGAUUUUGGCACAUGUAUGAAGAUGGAUGAAACAGGCAUGGUACAUUGUGAUACAGCAGUUGGGACACCUGAUUAUAUAUCACCGGAGGUCCUGAAAUCACAAGGGGGUGAUGGUUACUAUGGGCGAGAAUGUGAUUGGUGGUCUGUAGGUGUUUUCCUUUUUGAGAUGCUAGUGGGGGAUACUCCAUUUUAUGCGGAUUCACUUGUAGGAACAUAUAGCAAAAUUAUGGAUCAUAAAAAUUCACUAUGUUUCCCUGAAGAUGCAGAAAUUUCUAAACAUGCAAAGAAUCUCAUCUGUGCCUUCUUAACAGAUAGGGAGGUACGACUUGGGAGAAAUGGGGUAGAAGAAAUCAAACAGCAUUCUUUCUUUAAGAAUGAUCAAUGGAAUUGGGAUAACAUAAGAGAAACGGCAGCUCCUGUAGUACCUGAACUCAGCAGUGACAUAGACAGCAGCAAUUUUGAUGACAUUGAAGAUGAUAAAGGAGAUGUAGAAACCUUCCCAAUUCCUAAAGCUUUUGUGGGAAAUCAGCUGCCUUUUAUAGGAUUUACCUACUAUAGAGAAAAUUUGUUAUUAAGCGACUCUCCAUCUUGUACAGAAAACGAUUCAGUACAAUCAAGGAAAAAUGAAGAAAGUCAAGAGAUUCAGAAAAAACUGUAUACAUUAGAAGAGCACCUUAGCAAUGAGAUACAAGCCAAAGAGGAACUAGAGCAGAAGUGCAAAUCUAUUAAUACUCGCCUUGAGAAAACAGUAAAGGAGCUAGAAGAAGAGAUUACCUUAAGGAAAAAUGUGGAAUCUGCAUUAAGACAAUUAGAAAGAGAAAAGGCCCUUCUUCAGCACAAAAAUGCAGAAUAUCAGCGGAAAGCUGAUCAGGAAGCAGACAAGAAACGAAAUUUGGAAAAUGAUGUUAACAGCUUAAAAGAUCAACUUGAAGAUUUGAAAAAAAGAAAUCAAAACUCUCAAAUAUCCACUGAAAAAGUGAAUCACCUUCAGAGACAAUUGGAUGAAACAAAUGCUUUGCUGCGAACAGAAUCUGAUACUGCAGCCCGCUUAAGAAAAACCCAGGCAGAAAGCUCAAAACAGAUCCAGCAGCUGGAAUCUAACAAUAGAGAUCUUCAAGAUAAAAACUGCCUUCUGGAGACUGCCAGGUUAAAACUUGAAAAGGAAUUUAUCAAUCUUCAGUCAGCUCUAGAAUCUGAAAGGAGGGACCGUACCCAUGGAUCAGAGAUAAUUAAUGAUUUACAAGGUAGAAUAUCUGGCCUGGAAGAAGACUUAAAGAAUGGCAAAAUCUUGUUAACAAAAGUAGAGCUGGAGAAGAGACAGCUACAGGAGAGAUUUACUGAUUUGGAAAAGGAAAAGAGCAACAUGGAAAUAGAUAUGACAUACCAGCUGAAAGUUAUACAGCAGAGCUUAGAACAAGAAGAAGCUGAACACAAGGCUACAAAAACAAGACUAGCCGAUAAAAAUAAGAUCUAUGAAUCCAUUGAAGAAGCUAAAUCAGAAGCCAUGAAAGAAAUGGAGAAGAAACUCUUGGAGGAAAGGACUUUAAAACAGAAAGUAGAGAACCUGUUACUGGAAGCUGAGAAAAGAUGCUCUAUAUUAGACUGUGACCUUAAACAGUCACAGCAGAAAGUAAAUGAGCUCCUUAAACAGAAAGAUGUGCUAAAUGAGGAUGUUAGAAACUUGACAUUAAAAAUAGAGCAGGAAACUCAGAAGCGCUGUCUUACACAAAAUGACUUGAAGAUGCAAACACAGCAAGUUAACACACUAAAAAUGUCAGAAAAGCAGUUAAAACAAGAGAAUAAUCAUCUCAUGGAAAUGAAAAUGAGCUUGGAAAAACAAAAUGCUGAACUUCGAAAAGAACGUCAAGAUGCAGAUGGGCAAAUGAAAGAACUACAAGAUCAGCUUGAAGCAGAACAGUAUUUCUCAACCCUCUAUAAAACACAAGUUAGGGAACUUAAAGAAGAAUGUGAAGAAAAGACCAAACUUUGUAAAGAAUUGCAGCAGAAGAAACAGGAAUUACAGGAUGAAAGGGACUCCUUGGCUGCCCAACUGGAGAUCACCUUGACCAAGGCAGAUUCUGAGCAGCUGGCUCGUUCAAUUGCUGAAGAACAAUAUUCUGAUUUGGAAAAAGAGAAAAUCAUGAAAGAGCUGGAGAUCAAAGAGAUGAUGGCUAGACACAAACAGGAACUUACUGAAAAAGAUGCUACAAUUGCAUCUCUUGAAGAAACUAAUAGGACACUAACUAGUGAUGUUGCCAAUCUUGCCAAUGAAAAAGAAGAAUUAAAUAACAAAUUGAAGGAUGCUCAAGAACAACUGUCAAGGUUGAAAGAUGAAGAGAUAAGUGCAGCAGCUAUUAAAGCGCAAUUUGAGAAACAGCUGUUAACAGAAAGAACACUCAAAACUCAAGCUGUGAAUAAGUUGGCUGAGAUCAUGAAUCGAAAAGAACCUGUCAAGCGUGGUAGUGACACAGAUGUGCGGAGAAAGGAGAAGGAGAAUAGAAAGCUUCAUAUGGAGCUCAAAUCUGAGCGUGAGAAAUUGACCCAGCAGAUGAUCAAGUACCAGAAAGAACUCAAUGAGAUGCAGGCUCAAAUAGCUGAAGAGAGCCAGAUUCGAAUUGAACUGCAGAUGACACUGGACAGUAAAGACAGUGACAUUGAGCAGCUGCGGUCACAGCUCCAGGCCUUGCAUAUUGGUCUGGAUAGUUCCAGUGUAGGCAGUGGACCAGGGGAUGCUGAGGCAGAUGAUGGAUUUCCAGUUCAUAUCACUCAGUCACACUCUAUGGAGUCCAUGUCAUUCACCUACCAGCGUUCCUCUACUUCUCUCAAUAUUGCCACUAAGCCUUCCAGUUCUCACAUGCUCCUUGACUCUGAUUCUGACUCAGAAGAAGAAUCUUUGCCUUACUUACCCAUUUCAUCGGAACCUAAUGGUACAGAAUCAAGAUUAGAAGGAUGGCUUUCAUUGCCUGUGCGAAACAACACUAAGAAAUUUGGAUGGGUUAAAAAGUAUGUGAUUGUAAGCAGUAAGAAGAUUCUCUUCUAUGACAGUGAACAAGACAAAGAACAAUCUAAUCCUUACAUGGUGUUAGAUAUAGACAAGUUAUUUCAUGUCCGACCAGUUACACAGACAGAUGUAUAUAGAGCAGAUGCUAAAGAAAUUCCAAGAAUAUUCCAGAUUCUAUAUGCCAAUGAAGGAGAAAGUAAGAAGGAACAAGAAUUUCCAGUGGAGCCAGUGGGAGAAAAAUCUAAUUAUAUUUGCCACAAAGGACAUGAAUUUAUUCCUACUCUUUAUCAUUUCCCAACCAACUGUGAGGCUUGUAUGAAGCCACUGUGGCAUAUGUUUAAACCUCCUCCUGCUUUAGAGUGCCGUCGCUGCCAUAUUAAAUGUCAUAAAGAUCACAUGGACAAAAAGGAGGAGAUUAUAGCACCCUGCAAAGUGUAUUAUGAUAUUUCAGCGGCAAAGAAUCUAUUGUUAUUAGCAAAUUCUACAGAAGAGCAACAGAAGUGGGUUAGUCGGUUGGUGAAAAAGAUACCUAAAAAGCCUCCAGCUCCAGACCCUUUUGCACGGUCAUCUCCUAGAACUUCAAUGAAGAUACAACAGAACCAGUCUAUUAGACGGCCAAGUCGACAGCUUGCCCCAAACAAACCAAGAUUGCUUGAUUUGUCAUUUAAAGACUGGGAUUGGUCAUUUGAUGAUGAUGAUGGUGGUGAUGAUGGCGAUGUUUUUGAUUUCUGAAGAAAUAAAUGGGCUAACUGCCUUCUGUGAAAGCAGUCAUUAUUCAAGGUGAUCAUAUUCUUCCAGUUAAAACAGACUGAAAUAUGACGGCCCAAAAUUUAUUAAAAAGCUAUAUUUUCCUGAGAGACUGAUGUAUAUACACAUACAUAUAUAUGUCCCCUUUUUUCCUUAGUAAAAGUUACAAAUCUUGGAGAGAUUUUCUGGGCUCCUUUGGAGUAACAAGUUGAACCAACAAUGAUUGGUAAUAGAGUAAGGAUAUCCGAUGCAACUCUUCCAUACUUGUUCCGUAAAGCUCUCUUGGCAGUCAUUCACACUACAUUGCACCAAAGGAUUGAGAAGAGUUAAGGUUUGAAGAGAUCAUCUUUUCUGCUUCAACAGAGAGAUUUCACCAGCACAUUUACCAGAAGAACCUGAGGAUGGAUUGUACUACAGUGAUAUUGACUACAUCUUUAAGAAGUGACCAUUGUGUAUACACACAUAUAUAAAGUACUGUAACACUGCAAGAGGGUUUUUUAAACUUCCCCACUUUAUUUUUUUAUACACAUUAACCAGAUAUCAUUACUUACUGCGGUUGCAACUAUGCACUUGUAUAAAGCCAUAAUGUUGGAGUUUAUAUCAUUCAUGUGUACCUGAUGGAAGCUGCAUGUUCAUGUUUAAGCAGUUACUGUAACAAGAAGUUUGAAGUUAAUUAUUAUCAGUUUCCUAAUGCUUUGUGAUAGGCAACUUUACCCAUUUUGAAUGCCUUAAUUUAUUUUUUUUUCAGUUUCAGCCCUUUUCUGUAUUUAAAAAAACAAAAACAAAAAAAAAACCUUAGUGUUUACCAGCUCUUAGGAUUCAAACUUGCGUUGUGGAGGAAAAAUAGUGCACUAUUUUUACACAUAACAAUUAUAUCAAUGUCAGCCUAUUUUGAUGGUAUAACAAAAAAUUUUUAACGUAUUGGUCAUAGAAACAAUAAUGGAUAGUAUUGGAACUAAUAUAUCUUUGAUGUAUAUCUGUCAUUCAUCCAGCCCUUUUUACAGACCUCAGUAUUAGUCUGUGACUACAAAAUAUUUUUUGCUUUGAAUUUGCUGGCUACCCUAGAUGUGUUUUUAUUUCUGGUAAAGAUAUUUGUGACUAUUUUUACAUUUUCACACUCAAGAUUCAAAUAUUGUGUCAAAUAUAGAGAAAACUAAGACAUACUGUAGAUAUAGAUAUAUUUUAAAUAUUUAAAUGUGAUCCUCAGACACACAACUAUAUGGCAAUAUUUCAGUACUGGGUUAGGAACAUUGGUAACUGGGAAGAAUUGGCCUCAAAGGCACUUAAUUUUAUUUUUACUUUUUAAAUGCUGUUAAAAUUACAAUUUAUGCAGGACCAUUUCUGCUAUAUUUCUCACUAUCCCAGAUAAGUAUAUGUUUUAUACCACAACAGUAUGCAGCAGUGAUAAAGCAUCAAGUUUUUUAAAAAAAUUAUGUAUUCUUUUAUCAGUCUCUCAAUAUACAUACACACAGUUUGGUAUGUUAUUGAAAUAAAUCAUCUAAUAUUUCAAUGAAGGAAGUAGACAUUUUUCAUUGAUCCCUUCUAGGGUCACUGUAGAGAUGUUUAAAGAGUUAGAUCCCCAUUAUAGAUAUUAUUAGGGAAAUUGAAGAGUGGCUGUUGGCCUACUGAUGUAUUGAAACUGAAUUUUGUUAUUCUUACAUUAUCCAGUCUGUGCUCAUUUUCAUGCUGUCUGUGCUAAAACUAGAUGUGCAUGCCGUUUCCCUUGCAGGUAUGUUCUGCAGUUCUGGUUUUGGGUGACAGCUUUUUUUUUUUUAAGAUUAAAAAAUGAAAAAUAUAUAAAAUUUAUAUAGAAUAAAUAUUUCCAUUCAGUAGAGUUGUUAAAAGGAGACUGAAUUAAUAUUUUAUAUAAAGAUUUUGUUACACUAUGGGAGGUUCUAUCCUAUUAUUCUGAAUUGGAGAGUAUAUAUAUAUAUAUUUUUAAUAAACUUUAUUAAGGUGAAAUAAUUUCAAGUUUACACGUGAGUAACUGAAAUAUUUGAGUUAAAAAGGCAAAAGUUUAAAUUUUGAAUGCUGUAUAUAUUAGAGAAUAUGGAGAAUCACGGUGUGAUGCAACUGCACAGGAAAAUUAAUGUGAAGUAUUCUGGAUGAGAAAUUCUGAGGGGUGAAAAAAUCUCUCCCAUGGAGAUGCUUCACUUUAUAUGGUUGGACUUAAGGGUUUAUGAAGGUUGUUUGUCCAAAUAAUGGAAAUGUGCUUAAUAAAAAAUUCUUACCUUGGGUAAAAAUUUGCUUUUUUUACCCCAUUGCUGUUUUCAUAUACAUACAUGAGUGCACGCACCUAUCCACGUGUUUUUUCCCCCGACACUCAUUAAAUAUGAAACAACCUGAUUUUGUGCCAGUUUCUCGUUAUCUUGGGGCCCUAAAGCUUCCAAGGUAAAUAUAAGACCAAACAUUGCUUAUUCUUCACACCUGAUUUCUCCUAGAGCCAUAAAUACCUCCUACUGGGAACUAAGAAACAGUGAAUACUGGGAUUUUCUUAGUUGGAUUUCACUUCUUUUGUGGGGAUUUGGGGACAGAAGUAGAAGGAAAACUGGUGCUGGUAUUACUGUUGAAAAUUUAUGUAGUGAAUUUUUUUAAGUAUUUUUAAAAAACAUGCUAUCUAGGAGCAAGAUUUUAAAACUCUGAAAGUUUGAAUUGCUCUAGCUAAUUGACAAGUAUGCCAAGAAAUCUAAAAGAUUAGUGCUUUUAAAACUAACCUAUGCUAGAGUUUCAUGAAGCUGGCUCUGAGGGAUCUACUUUUCAUCAUUUUAUCUGUAGAUCCUAAACAAGAAGUACUCUAGGUUGCCAAACCACAAUUUAAGAAGUUAUGCUGCUGCUGUUAAUCUAUUCUUGUAGAAUUCUGGUGGUCAAAUAGAGAAAGUCAGACACAACGUUAACCUUGUUGAAAUGUGCUUUAAAUAACAUGUUUAAAAUCUGAUUAGAGCAAAUCACUUCUGAGUUUCUCAGUCUGUGUUGACACUGCUACUGACUCACCUCUUUCCCUGGAAUAAGGCUUUUGUUUCCUUAUGUUGUGAAGAUACCAGAAUUGAUCUGUAAAGCACUUUGAAGAUAAGCACUGUCUGACAGUGCAGAAUAUUAUGCUUGGGGGACCUCUCCUUGAUUCUCUUCCCCAUAAAUAAUGAGUUUUAUUUGGAAUUGUAAUAAGUUAUGAACUGCAUGGUUUAGAUAAUCAUAAAUAUUUGAUCAGCUGUCCCCUCUGAACAAAAAUCAUAUCCCCUUGAUUUUUCAUUUUUAAAUUUUGUUGCAUCUUUCUAGUAAUGUAAUUGUAUUUUAUGCCUGCUUUUUAUAAAAAAAUUAAAUAAAAAUUAAGACAUAA